CCCCCCCCCCCCGCACUCCUCUUCUUCCCACCUCUCCCCGUUCACAUCCAUUUCGUGCCUCUUGACCAUCCCUUCUCCUGCCCACCAUGUCCGGCGAAGCUUGGCUCUAUCUGUUGGCGGUGUUGAUCAACGCCGUCAACCUGUUCUUGCAGGUCUUCUUCACCAUCAUGUACAGCGACUUGGAAUGUGACUACAUCAACCCCAUCGACCUCUGCAACCGCCUCAACGCCUACAUCGUCCCCGAAGCCGCCGUCCACGGAUUCCUGACCUUCCUGUUCAUCAUCAAUGGCUACUGGGUGGCCAUCGUCCUGAACCUGCCUCUGUUGGCGUUCAAUGCCAAGAAGAUCUACGACAACCAGCACCUGCUGGAUGCGACCGAGAUUUUCCGCAAGCUCAACGUGCACAAGAAGGAAUCUUUCAUCAAGCUGGGCUUCCACCUCCUGAUGUUCUUCUUCUACCUCUACAGCAUGAUCGUCGCUCUGAUCCGCGACGAGUCUCAUUGAAUUCGGGAGAAGGCGGAGCACGUAAUGCGAAACGGCCGGCCGGGCUGAAUGUCGCGUGAUGCGCUGUCUCGUCUUUGCCCGCCAGUGGGGACGAUGAGACGGGGCAUGGUUUUGCGAGUAUCGGUCUCGCCGCUGCAUUUCCGACACUAUUUGCGUCGUAGAACUCCGGCUGCCCAAGGCUAUAAUCCGCAUGUCGGCGCAUGCAGCCGGCGAGACCUUGUAUAUGACGUGACUAUGAAAGCAUAUCAUUGAUGACAGCGAACGUGUGGGGUCCUCUAGAUCUUGAUGUUUUGGGUUUGCGAAGAAUGACGGGCGAUGAAUGAAGCAAUCCUAUUAUUGCCUGGAGGCAACGUCCAGGGAGCUGUCUGUUACUUGUGCGCU